AUGGAUACAAGUAUGACAUAUCCAAAUUCAAUCAGUAUUGAAGAAGAUGGUGAUACAGGGAGUAGUGAUAGCAUCGAGGAAACAGGCCACACCAAUCAUCAAUCUCAAUGCCCUGACACUAGUGCAAUUGGGAAAAAGAAAUUACCUCCAAAAGCUACAAUCAAUAUGCUUGGCAAGAAGAGGAGAUUAAGUUCAGAAGUUUGGGAUUACUUCGACAUUAUUCCCAAAAAGGAUCCAAACGAUGAGUUGAAGUGCAGAUGCAAGAAAUGUGGGAAUGAAUAUUCUGCUGAGAGUAAAAGUGGGACAGGUAAUUUGCAUCGACAUGUAAAGAGGUGUGUAAAAAUGACAACAAAGGACAUUGGACAGUAUCUAAUCACUUCUGACAAAGGUGCUCUUGCCACACGAAAUGCACAAUUCAGUCAAGAUAAAUUUAGAGAAUUACUUGUGCAUGCCAUAGUAAGACAUGAGCUGCCAUUUUCAUUUGUGGAGCAUGAGGGAAUUAAAAAUGUCCUUACAUAUUUGGAGCCUCAAAUUAAACAUAUCACUAGGAACACAGCCAAGUCGGACGUUAAAAAAUUGCAUGCAAAGGAAGUUAAUAGACUUGGUAGUGAAUUGCGGGGAUGUCCUAGUCGAAUAUGUUUAACUUCUGAUGCAUGGACAUCUAUUGUUACUGAUGGAUACUUGAGUUUGACUGCACACUUCAUUGAUAGCAAUUGGCUGCUACAGAAAAAAAUUCUGAAUUUUUCUUAUAUGCCUCCUCCCCAUAAUGGUGUUGCAUUAGCUGAAAAAAUUUACAGUUUGGCUAGUAGUUGGGGUAUUGAAAGGAAGUUGUUUGCCAUCACAUUAGACAAUGCUUCUGAAAAUGAUUCUUGUGUUGCAAUACUUAAGAAUCAGCUUAAGUUGAAAAAUUCUUUAAUUUGUGAUGGUAUGUUGUUUCAUGUGAGAUGUUGUGCACAUAUUCUCAACUUGAUUGUGCAAGAUGGUUUGAAAGAAAUUGAUAAAUCUGUGGAGUUAAUAAGAGAAUGUGUCAAGUAUGUCAAGGGUUCUCAAACAAGGAAGUUAAGGUUCACCGAAUGUGUAACACAGACUUCUCUUGAUUCCAAAAAAGCCUUAGUUCAAGAUGUUCCUACUAGGUGGAACUCCACAUAUAGAAUGCUUUCCAGUGCACUUUAUUAUCGCCUUGCAUUUUGUCACUUACAAUUAAGUGAUUCAAAUUUUCGGAGCUGUCCAUCUCUUGAAGAAUGGGGAAGAGUUGAAAAAAUUUGUAGUUUUCUUCAAGUUUUUUAUGAGGCAACUAAUGCUUUUUCGGGGUCCAAGUAUCCAACUAGUAACUUGUACUUUCCUCAAGUUUUUAAGAUUCAAUUGAAGCUGUCUGAGGAGUGCAAUAGUUCAGAUGAUUUUAUGAAGAGGAUUGCUUCCCAAAUGUUUGUGAAGUUUAACAAAUAUUGGUCUGAGUUCAAUCUCUUGUUGGCAAUUGCUGUGGUAUUUGAUCCCCGGUAUAAAUUUCAGUUUAUUGAAUUUAGUUAUAAUAAGCUAUAUGGUCCGGGGUCUAAUGAAUUAGUCAAGGUCAGGAAUGCACUUUUUGAUGUCUAUAAUGAGUAUGUGAAGAUUUCCAACACACCUGGUGCAUCAUCUUCAUGCUCUCGAGGCAGCAAUGAAGUUUAUUCUCCUCAUGGAGCCAAGGAACAAGAAGACAACCAAUCAUUUGAUAUUUUAGAGGAAUUUGAUCAAUUUGACACCUUUGAAUUUGCCUGUAGUGCACAAAAAAGUCAAUUGGAAUUGUAUUUAGAUGAGCCAAGAGCUAAACGAUCCUCACAUAUUAUUGUUCUUGAUUAUUGGAAAGCACAACAAUUUCGAUUUCCAGAUUUGAGUAAAUUGGCAAGGGACAUUCUAUGUGUUCCAGUAUCAACCGUUGCUUCUGAAUCUGCAUUUAGUCUUGGUGGUAGAAUUUUGGAUCAAUUUCGUAGUUCACUUUCACCCCAAAUUGUUGAGGCUUUAGUUUGCACUAAGGACUGGUUAUUUGGAGAUAAAAGUGAAGGAUCUCUAAAUAUGAAUUUGGAGGAUUUAACUCAAAAUAUCAUGUCUCUAAAUAUCAACAAGGACGAGGUUGAUGCAACAAUAAUUGAGGAUUCAAAUUCUAAUGUUGUUAAUCUCUAA